GGUUGAGGAGGGCAUUACAUGUGGCAAAAGUAACCCUGUAGCCAACAUGGCUUGUGAUAGUCCAGAGGAAAGACAAUCAGAGAAGCAUAGUGGUCCCAGCAAUCAGUUGCAUGAGACUAAACACACCAGUUGUCGUUUCAAUCAAAGCAAAGGGAAUGAGUUCAUAGAACUCAAUGCUGAAGAUGAUGCCAGAGACAAUUCUUUGGGUAUUCCUUGUCAGGAUCAGUCAACGCCAAUCCUUGAAAAUCUUUCCAGCAGUGCUUCCACAAAAAACAACAAUGAAUUCUCCAAUUUUUUCGAGCACUUUAAUGUCGGAUCUGAUCAAAUCAAAAGCCCCGUAAUAUGUUCUUCUGAAUUUGCUCAUCGAAUGGUUGAAGAAGGCGCACUGGUCUCUGAUGAUAUUCUGGCUGAAACUGGAUCAAAAGUCCAACCUAAACAGGGGUUGAAACCUAAUUCUAUCAUUGACUUCAAUGAAAAAUCUGAUUCAACCAUUGAAAUUUCUUUGCCUGAUGAAGAGAGUUUGAUGACCUUUGACUACUCCUGGUUAUUGCCUGAUGAGGACAGUCUGAUUACAGUUGAUGACUUCAGGUUUUUGUCUGAUAAUUUAGACAAAGCUGAUUUGUUUGGCUCAAGUUCCCCAGUUCAUAAUGCUGAGAAGCUAUCUGAUAUAAAUGUCACCCUCGGUGAGGGAAAUUCUUCUCAACUGCAUUUGGAUGGUCCGAAUGUCCACUGCAAAUCUAAUGGUUUAACGGGCUUGGAGACCUCUAAGCACACUUUGCAUGCACAACAGUCCUACUCACAGUUUCUUCACAAUCCGCCUUAUAGGGGAAGGCCAUCUUUCCAUUCUCCAGUUGCUCAAACUCAUCUAAAUUCUAGGAGGAAUUCCAAGAAGUCGUCCUAUCCUUGCAAUCAUCCACCCCACCAUUUUGGCUCUACAACUAUGCUUCCAUUUCUUUUCCAGCACCCUUAUGGUGAGCCAAGACCUGUUAAUCAUUUGCUGUUGCAGCAGUCCAUCCCAGGCAAACUUCCUCCUCACCUAUUAAAUGGACUUCCAACAGGAGUAACACCUCAUUUUCCCAUCAAUCAAAUAGCUUUUUAUGGUCAGGACCUGAACCCAAUGCCAGAUCUUUGUCCAACCUAUCAGCAACAAAACUUUGGAGGCCUUGGAAUGCCAAAUCAUUACCACAUAGAUCCUCGUCUUGGUAGAGAUAAUAAUCACAGGAGGUGUGAUGCUCUUCUUGAGGAGGAACUGAGGGCAAGACAGAUGCAAUUGUUUACUGGAAGUGGCCCUGGUCCAGGGACCUUUGGCACACAGGUUAACUUGGGAUCUUGGUAUGGACAAUAGACCAUACUCACAGUGCUUUUCGCAUUGUCUCCAUGGUUCUCAACUACUUUGUGGAUAUGCAAUCGGUAGGGUUUAUUAGUGAUGUAGGUAGUAGUAAUAGACGUCUAGUGCCAAAAGGCUAACUUUUGUAAUUAGCAUGUCGUAAAAAGCUGGGGGCUAUACAAGGAAGAAAGGAAUAUAGUUCAAUAGUUUGA